AUGCCACCAUUAAACGCAGACACAACACCGUAUAGUUAUUUCAUCAAUGCUUUAUCAUUCGUCACUACUAUAUUAUUACGACAACGAGAAUACAAUCUUACAAGCGAUUGUUCACUGUUACAAAUAGCUAUUAUCUCGAUGAGACAAUUGAAACAAAGCGAAAGUAGCGAAUGGAUGAAACAAAUUUUCUCCUGUCACUCGUUUAUGUUAUUGUCAUCCGAUGACAUCAAAUGUAUUCGUAUGGAUCAAUGCAUCGCUGAAAUUGGCGUAGGCUUUAUUCCAUGCUUAACUGGUGUCAAGAACAAUGAAAAACAUCAAGAAGUAUCAGUUCUAAAUGUUAUAGGAAAUUAUUCGUCUAUCUGGUCGUACAUUCAUCAGUUUGCUAAUGUGCUCAUGGUCGAAGAAGAUCUGUCACGUGAAGCUAGUUUUCAGCCAUUGUUUUCUUUAAAUGAUAAUUGUCGCGUGAUCACAUGGAAAACGGCCACGAACAAAAUUGAACCAGAUUUGACUGAUGAUGGCUAUCUUCAUUUAUCAGGUAGUAUCAUUCAAACGGUUAAUGACAUUCAAGAGUCUCUAUCAGAUUUAUUGUCAGACGACUCAGAUACGACUCAACCACGUUCUUCUUUGAUGUCAAUGACUCAUCCUGAUCUAUAUGCUUCUUUAUGUAUAAAUUUAAUUAAUACAGGAGAAAUAUUACGGAAACAAAAUUACUUCACGGCUCGAGUUAUAGAAUUGCCGUUACAACAAUUGUUCAUGAAAGAAUCAGAAAAUAUCGUGUUGAAAAACAAAAAUAAAAAUCAUGAUGCUGAACUAUAA